UCUAGUUCUCUGACUCUUCAAAUUCUUCAGUUCCUACAUCAUGUACCGACGACAGAAGUAUGACCAGUUUCAAAGAAACCCGCGAUGGCGGCGACCAGAACCUGCGACUACAUGGCCGGCGCCACCAUUUGGAACACUCGUGGAGACUGUCAGUGUAUCAGAGCUGUCAAAACCCGCCAUGGAGUUUGAGUCAUCUGCCCGGGUGAUGGGCUGCCAGCUUAUCGCGUCGUAUAACUGGCGGGACAGGACAUCACCGUCAAUCAUCGUCCCAGGUGCGCCACCCAGAUGGACGCCUCUCGCGGAACCCCGACAACUGUCAGAAGACGACGGCGUCUACUACCGUGACAGGAACGCUGCUCGAUACCCAGCUCAUCCGAUGGAGCCCGCCAUCCAAGCUGUCCUGAUGGCGCAUCCAAAGCCCUCUCCAAGACCCAUUGACAUUGUUGCCUGCGGCAGUACAAUCGGCAACCUGCUUCGCUUCAUCAGAGGUGACGAAAGACCCUUCCGGAUGCUCCUCGAGGUGGUUGGCGACGCUGUUCAUUUAAUUCGUAGGGAAAACUCCCCGAAAGAGAUAAUGUCCGAUGUCAGGGGCUACGGACAUAAGUUUCCAGAGGCUUACACUACUUGGGAUGCUGAAGUCCGCGGUUCAACAUCUCAUCAGCGCGUCAUUCAAUACGACUUUGGGGGUCUACAUUGCAUUGUUCGUCAUGAGGGUGACGGCUACCUCAAACACAAGCAAGGGCCGUCUACAAACGCCUCUGGUCUCAACUUUGUUGAAAUAGCUUCGGUCGAUGACCUAAUCGAAGAUCUCAAAGUCAAGGAGAUGGUACCAAAGAGCCCGCAGACCUCGCAUCAGCAAGUACAAUUGAAGAGUGGCGGCUUUGAGGUGCCCCAAUCUGCAAUUUUUGAUCUCAAGACUCGGUCAGUCAAGCGCAAAGGCACUGAUUUCCUCGGCGAGGAGCUUCCGCGACUAUGGGUUGCCCAGAUUCCCAACUUCAUCCUGGCCUACCAUGAUAGAGGCACAUUCAAAGAUAUUGAGGUCAUGGAUGUAACUCAGGAGGUCAAAGCCUGGGAAACUUCGAAGAAUUGGGAGCUCUCUCGACUAGCGGCACUCCUCUCUCACAUAGUUCGCCUUGCUCGUGCACGGAGGAAUGACAGGCUUGAGAUCAGCCGCCAACAGCUUGACAAGCUCGACAUUCGGGUUCAGUGCCCUGGACUAUCUCCAGCAUUCUCUAGUAAGGUCAAUGAAGAAUGGGCAAUAUGGCUGCUUGGUGGUAUUACACAGGAUGGCACGAGUGCGGAUGACGAGGAUGAACUCCAUUGGAGCGACGGCGACGGUGAUUAUACAGCCUGUUCCGAGAGCUGUUCAUAUUGCGGAAAGUGUACAUAUUGAUAAUGUCAUUUCCUUCCAGACUUGCAGAC